UGCUACCAAACAGUCUUCACCUCCGGGAGCAAACUCCUCUCUAUCGCUUGCUGAUACUACUUCAGGUCUCGGCCCGGUUACCAUGGCUCUCUGGAUCCGAUCCCUGCCUCUCCUAGCCCUUCUUGCUCUUUCUGGCCCUGGGACCAGCCAGGCAGCUGCCAACCAGCACCUCUGCGGCUCCCACUUGGUGGAGGCUCUCUACCUGGUGUGUGGGGAGCGGGGUUUCUUCUACUCCCCCAAAGCCCGGCGGGACGCUGAGCAGCCUCUGGUGAGCGGGCCAUUGCGUGGCGAGGCUGAAGAGCUGCCGUUCCAGCAGGAGGAAUACGAGAAAGUGAAGAGAGGAAUUGUUGAGCAAUGCUGCCAUAACACGUGCUCCCUCUACCAACUGGAAAACUAUUGCAACUAGCAGAGAGGCCAGCAGUGGGGAGACGUGGGUGAAAGGGAGAAACAUGCACUUAUGCUAUUGCACCUUCAAAGCAGUUGAAUAAAUGUUGUGAAUCUGUU